UCAUCUUCUCCUCUUCCCAAGUUUCGGCUCUCUCGCUCUAUCAUUUUCUCUCUCUCUCUCUAUCCAUCUCUCGAUUUGGGGGAAGUAGUUCCGUUACGGUGGACACUAGUUGUACCUCUCGUCGCCGUUGGUUAACGGAGUCGGAAUUAAUCAACUCUCUCUCUCUCUCUUUCGAAUGUUGUUGAGAUUCACAUGGUGGUGUUGAUUUUGAGCUAGUGGCUGUUGUUGUUACGCUUUCCGAUUUUUUCCAGUUUUUUUUUUUUUUUUUUUUUUUAAUCUUUCUUAGGUUGAAUUUUGCAAAGUUACGAAGGAGAGAGAGAUCGAUUUAGGUUCUAUUUCUUUAUAUACUCCGUGGAGAUAUUCGAAUUUGGUUGAAUCUCUCAUGCUGAGGUGUUUUGUACACUUGUUAUCAAGAAGAACCCAGUUUUGGUUCUGAUUCAUCGUUGUUGGUUGGAUAAAAAAACUCACUUCCAGCCAUGCCUUCACUCCAACUAUUGCAAUUAACUGAGCGGGGUCGGGGUCUUGUAGCGUCAAGACGGAAAUCUAUACUGCUUGCGGCUGGGAUUGUUGCUGCUGGUGGAGCUGCUGUUUACCUGAAAUCAAGGGUCAGCUCUCGAAAGCCUGAUUCUUCGCGUCAUUGCAAUGGUCAGAGUGAUGAUGAUGAGGCAUUGGAAAAGCUGACAGGGAAUGAUAAAAAUUCAAAGAUAACCACGAAAAAGAAGAAAGGGGGAGGAUUAAAGUCUCUUCAGGUUCUGACUGCUAUUCUUCUGUCUCAGAUGGGUAAAAUGGGUGCCAGGGAUCUUUUGGCACUAGUUGCCACUGUGGUUUUCAGAACUGCUUUAAGCAAUAGAUUGGCGAAAGUACAAGGUUUCCUUUUCCGUGCUGCUUUCUUAAGGCGUGCGCCACUGUUUCUACGUCUUAUCUCCGAGAAUAUUAUGUUGUGUUUCAUGCUAUCGACGAUGCACUCUACUUCAAAGUACAUAACUGGGGCCUUGAGUUUGCGAUUCAGAAAUAUAUUGACGAAGCUAAUUCACUCACAUUAUUUUGAGAAUAUGGUGUAUUACAAAAUAUCACAUGUGGAUGGUCGGAUUACGCACCCGGAGCAACGGAUUGCCAGCGAUGUACCAAGAUUCUCCUCAGAGUUGAGCGAACUUAUACAGGAUGAUUUGACGGCGGUUACUGAUGGAAUUGUGUAUGCAUGGCGCCUGUGUUCAUAUGCUAGUCCAAAAUACAUCUUCUGGAUAUUGGCCUAUGUACUGGGUGCCGGGACGGCAAUAAGGAACUUUUCUCCUUCUUUUGGGAAAUUGAUGUCCAAAGAACAGCAGUUGGAAGGGGAGUACCGGAAACUUCAUUCACGCUUAAGGACUCAUUCGGAAAGCAUAGCAUUCUAUGGUGGGGAAACCAGGGAAGAAUCGCAUAUACAACAAACGUUCAAAAAUCUUGUUAGCCAUAUGAGUCACGUGCUUCAUGAUCACUGGUGGUUUGGCAUGAUCCAAGAUUUCCUGCUGAAGUAUCUUGGUGCUACAGUUGCAGUUAUUCUGAUUAUCGAACCAUUCUUCUCUGGGAAUCUAAGACCUGACGACUCGACCCUAGGAAGAGCUGAGAUGCUAAGCAAUAUAAGAUAUCACACCAGUGUCAUUAUAUCUCUCUUUCAGGCGCUAGGAACACUUUCUAUAAGCUCCAGGCGGCUCAACCGACUCAGUGGUUAUGCUGACCGAAUCCAUGAGUUGAUGGCUGUCUCGAGAGAACUCAGUGGUGAUGAUAAAUCCUCUUUCCAGAGAAAUAGAAGCAGAAAUUACCUAAGUGAAGCUAACUAUGUUGAGUUUUCCGGUGUCAAGGUUGUUACUCCAACGGGAAAUGUUUUGGUGGAGGAUCUCACCCUUCGAGUUGAGCAGGGGUCUAAUCUUCUGAUUACAGGCCCUAAUGGAAGUGGCAAGAGUUCCCUUUUCCGAGUAUUAGGAGGUCUAUGGCCCCUCGUGUCUGGGCAUAUUGUGAAGCCAGGAGUUGGUUCUGAUAUGAACAAGGAGAUUUUCUACGUGCCGCAACGACCCUAUAUGGCAGUAGGAACACUCCGUGACCAGUUAAUAUAUCCUCUUACUUCUGAUCAAGAGACUGAACCACUCACUGAGACUGGAAUGGUGGAGCUAUUGAAAAAUGUUGAUCUAGAAUAUUUAUUGGAUCGCUACCAACCGGAAAAAGAGGUUAACUGGGGUGAUGAGUUAUCUCUUGGAGAGCAACAGAGAUUGGGGAUGGCCAGAUUAUUCUACCACAAACCCAAAUUUGCAAUUCUUGAUGAAUGCACAAGUGCUGUGACAACUGAUAUGGAAGAACGCUUUGCCGCUAAGGCUCGAGCUAUGGGAACUUCUUGCAUAACAAUCUCCCAUCGUCCAGCCCUUGUUGCAUUCCAUGAUGUUGUUUUGUCACUAGACGGCGAAGGGGGAUGGAGUGUUCACUACAAGAGGGAUGACUCUGCCCUUCUGACGGAUGCUGAAAUUGAUUCAGAUUCAGCGAAAAUUUCAGAUACAGAUCGGCAAAAUGAUGCUAUGGUUGUUCAACGAGCGUUUGCUGCAGCUAGAAAGGUCUCAGAAGCUUGUGUAGAUAUUUUGGUUUAUUUUAGUUUUCGUUGA